CCCAGGGGUAUUGGGGCAGGGGGUUGAAAUACUGGGGUUCAGGAGGAGGGAUAUUGGUAAAGAUGAAAAUGGGGGAAGGAAGCAGCACUGGCGAGGAGUCGGGAGAGUUCUCCUGAUUGUGACAUCACAUUCAUCCCCUGGGCGAUGGAGCUUGUUACUGGGAAGGAAGACUCAGUUGGAGAAUAGCCAACAAGAUGGGUUACUGGGAGAAUCUCUUCAGGGGCUCUGAGUGGAGGCAUCAGGGGGUUGGAGCCUUGUGAACAGGGAACCUGCCCCCAACGCUUGGAAGGAGCUGGGUUUCAGUGAUGAGACAUGGGGUAUGAUGUAACCCGUUUCCAGGGGGAUGUUGACGAAGAUCUUAUCUGCCCUAUUUGCAGCGGAGUCUUGGAGGAGCCUGUACAGGCACCUCAUUGUGAGCAUGCUUUCUGCAACGCCUGCAUCACCCAGUGGUUUUCUCAGCAACAGACGUGUCCAGUGGACCGUAGUGUCGUGACGGUUGCCCAUCUGCGCCCAGUACCUCGGAUCAUGCGGAACAUGUUAUCAAAGCUGCAGAUUGCCUGUGACAACGCUGUGUUUGGCUGUAGUGCUAUUGUCCGUCUUGACAACCUCAUGUCUCACCUCAGUGACUGUGAGCACAACCCGAAGCGGCCUGUGACCUGUGAACAGGGCUGUGGCCUGGAGAUGCCCAAAGAUGAGCUGCCAAACCAUAACUGCAUUAAGCACCUGCGCUCAGUGGUACAGCAGCAGCAGACACGCAUCGCAGAGCUGGAGAAGACAUCCUGGCCCCAGGGUCUGGCCACACUAGAGACUAGACAGAUGAACCGACGCUACUAUGAGAACUACGUGGCCAAGCGCAUCCCUGGCAAGCAGGCUGUUGUCGUGAUGGCCUGUGAGAACCAGCAUAUGGGUGAUGACAUGGUGCAAGAGCCAGGCCUUGUCAUGAUAUUUGCGCAUGGCGUGGAAGAAAUAUAG